GUGGAAUAAAGAAGUCGUCUGCUGAAUGAAAACAAUGCGAUUUGCCGUUGGGAAAACGUGUUAUUGAUAUGAAAGAACGUCAAUGGAGAUGUAUAGGAUUGUUUGAUGAAACAUUAUACAAUUGUUAAAAAAUUUAAACAAAGCUCAGAUACAAGUCAUAAACAGACAAAAAGAUAGACCAACAAAAUGUUGAAAGAAAUAGUUGACUUGAAAAAUUGGGUGGAUUCAGGAGAUGUCACUUGCAGUGACUUGAAUACAAAGACAGCUGUUUGUAAGGCUGUAAGCUUGCUCAUUCUUGAAGGACCCUUCAGACAUGAAGAUUUACAGGACUUGCUGCUCAUACUUCAAGAUAUUGGUAGAGCUGGUGUAGCUUUCACUGAAUUCAUAAUUAGUGAAGAAUUUCUGCAGAUGGUCCAGGAAGCUGUUCAAUACUUGAAGCAAGAAUGUAAAACCGAGAAAAGUGAUGAAAUGUAUGUGUUAAUGGAACAGUUCUUUGAUGCCAUAAAUAUAUUAAGUGAAUCUUCAGCUGAAGCCAAAUCUUCACUUGUGCAGAAAUUUUGUCAACUCUAUUUAGAUUCACUUCUAGAAAAUGAAGCAGCAGACUUUAGACAUAGAUUAGAAAUUCUCAGGUCAUUGAAUGUUUUAUUGGAAGAUGCACCAUGCAGUGUUAAAGAAGCUCUACUAUCUAGUCAGUUUGUUAAACCUAGUCUUAAGAAGUUAUCAACCUUGCUGAAUGAAAUUGGAGAUUAUGAAUUUCAAGUUUGUAUAUCUGAGUGCUUAUUUAGAAUUAUACCAAAAAAGGUGCGAGACCAGACAAUAUCUACAGUUUUCAAAAACCAAGCAAGAAGAAAAGACUUUCUUGCCAUUAGAGACAAUGAAUUCGAAACUGAUUGCAGAAUAUUUUUAAACAAGUUGAAUGCUUCAUUGAAGAAAAGCAAUAGAGUGUUUUCAGUACCAUGCAACAAAGCUUGGCUUGGAGAUAAAGAGUUACACAAGCCUGAUGAUCCAAAUUAUGAGACAUUCUGGGUAGACUUUAAUGCUGGCAGUGAGAGACUUACUGUCUUCUGUGGAUCUUACAAUAGUUCAGAGAUGUCAAGUGAGGAUAUGUGGGAGACGUUGACAGUUUGGAAGGAUGAUGUACAAUCAUUUAAUGUCAAAAAAAUAAAGGAAGUGAAAGUUGUGAACAUUUUGUUCUCCAAGAUGGUAUCAGAUAUAUAUCCUAGUCAACAGGAUGUGAGUGGAAGGAGUGUUAGAUUACAGUUUGAUGCUGACUGUCAUGUAGAAAAUGCCCUGGAAUCAACAUUUGGAUCAGACAGGACUAUCCAGAAAGUUUCGUCUGCUUCUACACCACUUGUUAUAAACAAAGAUGAAAGUAGUCAGGAAUUACAAGAUGAAGAGAUACCUUGUACACCAGUUUCUUCAGUCUAUAGAAGAAAAGUAUCUGUUCCUGAUGUUUCUAUGCCUAUCUUGCUAUCUCCUACUGGUUCAAUUUCUUCUAAAAUAUCAGAACCAGUAUCUGCCAUAAGAAUCAACUUUACUAAAACUCCAUCUGCAUAUACCAGUAAAUCUAAAGAAGAGAAAGUAUUCCAGACUCCUACAGUUCCUGUUAACAAACCAAAGCAAAGAGUAAAGACGCCAGUAGUAACUGUAACACCCCCAUCAAAGUCUAAAAAGAAAACAUCAAUAGUAUCAACAGCAGAGGUUGACAAAAGAACGAAUGUUGAGUUGAAAGAUGACAAAACUCUAGCAUCAAAUAACAGAAAGGCUUCUCUUCCAGAACUUCCUAUCCAGUCCUCCAGUGUUGAUGUUGAAAGUAUUCCAGAUUCUUGUCCUGUGGAAGAUGGAAAAUCUGUAAGCUUAGAGGCAUCUCAGGAUGUUGAUUCAAGGAUAGAAAUGUCUGUUCAACCAGUAGAAGAAGAAGAUGAAGAAAAGUAUCCACCCUCCUCAAAUGAAAUAAUUGAAGUACACACUGCAAAUGAUGAAGAAACAAGUCUUAAUUCUGAUGAACAUAUUAAUAAACAAAAUACCAAGAGAGAAACACAAAAGGAAUUAAAACAAGGUAAUAAUCUUUCUGGAUCUAAACCAGAAAAGACAGGAAGAAGUAGAACUUCGAAAACAACCAACUCAAAAGAAGAGUAUUGUAAUCUGCUUUCACAAGAGUAUGACACCAUUAACCAAGUUAUGAAUAAUGAAGAAUUGCAUAUAGAUGAUACUGAUGAUUUCCAAGUUCUAGAAUCUUUUCAUGAAGCACAGAAAAGAUCCACAAAAAAUAAAACAAAAAAUUCUGUUCUUCAAAAAGAAGAAAGUCGGAAAAUACUUACAAAUAAUGAUAAAGAGAAAAUGCUUAAACUUGAACAGUGUGAAAAGAAGUUUUCCAAUAUAGAAACAAAUAUUUCUAUAGGACAGAAUAAAAAAAGUAAAAUCAAUGGAAAAUGUAGAGCUGCUGAAAAUAAAAUGAAAUUAGAAAUGGCUGAUAAUGACUAUGAUGCAAAAAAAGGAAAACACAAAAGUACCAAAAAUGGUGUUACUAAAGACAAUGGAUAUAAUCUUGUAUCACCAAAGCCUGUUUAUAUAAACAUUGAUAUUGAUGAUGCAGAGCGUAAUUUUGAUUUUAAUGAUGACAUUCAAGUCCAGGAAUCUUUUCCAGAACCAAAAAAGAAAUCGACAAAAAAUAAAGGAAAAUGCCAGAAAAAACAAAAAAAUAGUAAUGAGCAUAAGUUGUUGAAAGAUAAGCCUGAACAAAGAGAUGAAUCAGAUUGUGACUUUUAUUCAAAUUCUGGAAAAGAGAACAUUGAUGUUAAUGUUAUAGAAAUUGUAACUUCUAAAACCAAAGGCACUAAAAAAGGGGGAAAAGAACCAAACGCAUCUUCUAAACUCAAUAAAAAGACAAGAAAGGUUGAAUCAAAAGAUGGACUUAGUGAAGCUUUCGAGCAUGCAACAAACUCUUUUGUAAGUGUUGAUUUAGAAGAUUGUCUGGAAAAGAAAAAUAAUAAGCAUUAUGAAGAAAUAAUUGAGAGCAAAAUUGGAGAGAAAGCUUCAAGCAAUAAUAAAAGUAUCAAAUGUUUGAUUGGAAAAGAGCCAGAAUUAGAUAAAGAUCUUGAAACAAGUUCAUCAAAAUUGAGACACAAUAAAUCUAGUGACGACCUAACAUGUGUCACAUCUGAAGGUAAUUCAUUUCCGGAGAAUUCUGUAACUGCAGAACAGCUUCAUUCUUCCUGGAAUGAGGAACUUCCUCUUUCUGCCCCAGACAUUAAAAAGCAGGCAAAAAAUAAGAAAGAAGAAACAUCUAACCUUCCAGAAAUGCAAGAAUUUGAUGAUGAUAAUGUGACACAUAUAGAAAUACAUGAGAGUACUACAGCAGUGAAAAAUAAUACUGUAUUAAACAAAUUUGAAGAAUAUGAUGACUAUGAACUUGUCAUUGAAGAUGACAACAAGUUUCCAAAACAAAUUGAAUUUGUAAUGCCUGAAAAAUACAAAGUAGUAUGUAAUAGCAAUAAAAAAUAUAAACAAAUAGAGAAAGCAGAAAGUCCAGACUUUGAGUACAGUGAUCAAGAUGAUGUAGUUCCAUGUGUUGUAAAUAAAAUAGAACAAGAAAAACUAAAAUUAAAAAGUGUAAAUAAGACUGGAAAAGAACCUAAGGGAAACAAAAAUAGGAAAAAAAGCAGUAAAGAUAGUCAUGAUAGUUCUGAUAUUGGUACGAAGGAUACAAUGAAAAAGGAACAAAAUAAACAGAAAAAGAAAGGCAUUCAGAAGGAAAAGUUGAAUAGGAAGAAAAGUAUUGAUCCCAAAAUUAUAGUUGAAGAUGAUGAGUCUGAUAAUGACUUGAAAGCUAAUUCAUCAUACAAAUUCACUUGUAAGAAACUUCCAAAGUUUACUGCUUUUGGAGAUAGUGGAAUAAAUGUGGAUGAUGAAACUCUAGAAGUAACCAUUCCUGACAGUUUAACAGUAGAUCUUCCAUCAAAUAAUGAAAUUGAAGCAAAAAGUGUUGGUGAAAAAGGUAAAGCAAAGAAAAGAACUAAGGGAAAACCAAGCAACGAUGAGGAAUUUGAUUUUAACAUCUGUGAAGGUCGGGAAUUCAAUGUAGAGAACAGUGAUGAUGAUGGGAAACACAAAAGCAAAAAAAGACCAUCUAUAUCAAAGCUUUAUGUUGCGGAAAAAAUACCUGUAGAUGUUGAAAAGGAUGAUAUCCCUGUUCCUAGUCACGUUUUGAUAGAAAAUACUAAGGAGUUAACAAAAGUUCGAGAUACAGUAAACAAUAGAAAAGUGCCAAUAUCUGGUAAGGCAAGAACUGAUAGAAUGAGUAAAAUAGGAAAGUAUUCACUUAGAAAAAGAAACAAGGAAAAAUUAAAGGAAGCAUUCAAAGUCUCGGAUACGGAAGAUGAAAUAUCAAGUACACAAAGUUCAAAUAGCGAUAGAGUUAGUGAACAAUUACAGUUAACUCCUGAUAAUAUAACAAGUUAUACUCCAUCUCCUGAUGAUAUAACAAGUUAUACUCCAAACAAUAAAGACCAAAGUACAACCUUUGAAAAUAAAGAUAAGACUGUCAGUUUGUUUGAUCAACCUAAGCAGUAUGGGCCAAACAAAAGAAAAAGUGAUUGUGCAAUAACACAAAAUAGAAAGUUUUUCCAUUCAAAUUCAUUAUCACAGACUAAGAACAUUCGACACUACACUUCAACUACAGUCCAAAAAAUAGAUUCUUCUGCUUGUUUUGGAUUUGAAAGUCCCCGAGAUGAUCAUAAAACUGAAAAGUCCCAGAAUUCCAAAAGAAGUUUGUUGUUGUUGAUGUCUUAUUCCCAGUCAGAUACUUUGUUACCAUGUGAAAAAGGAGAUGCUGGUUCUGAUCCUUAUGACUUUGAGGCUGAAUGCAACAGACAGAAAGGUUUUAAAUCAAGCAAAGUUCAGCAGAAAAAAGAGAGUGCAAAAUCAAAACAACUAAUGUCAAAAUUAAAACUUCAGGAUGAUAUAGGUAAAAAGACAAAAAAGAAAAGUGCCAAUCGGUAUGAGCAGGAAGAACUUACACCCUUGACCUUAUUUAAUGAUGAAAGUAUGAUAGACAAAAAAACGAAAAAAGAAAGACACAACAAAUCUAUUGUCUAUAAUGAGGAAGGGCUGUCACCUGAUUUUCCAUUAUUUAAUGAUGAGAUCGAUACAUACCAAGUGGAAGUGACAAAAACACCAAAAAAGAGAUCAAAAGGUCAUAAUAAUAAACAAAAACCAUACAAAGAAAAAAAAGAUGCAAAGAAAUAUAAACUCAACAACUCAGUUUCAUUCAAAGAUGAAUGUGAUAAUAAGAAGCAACGGAAGAUGCAAAAAGAAGUUGAAUUUUAUCCAGGAGAUAUUGAAGAGACUAUUGAUUCUGAUCAGUUAGACCCUACAAAUUUGCAGUCUGUAGUUUUUGAUGAAGCCAGUCUUCAAAAAAUAUCAAAACGCCUGUCAAACAUGACUUCAGAUGACAGGAGUAAGGCAACCCAGGAAUUAGAUAAAGAGGAUUCCUCUGAUUCACAAGAAGUCAGAAUUGGAAAUAUUUUAAAUCAACAAUCAAAACUAAAGUCAAAUUGUACAAGUAUGCCUAAAGAUAUAGACAUAGGUGAAGAACCAGCUGUCUCAUUGGAUUUACAAUCACCUGUGCAUAUCCAAUUAAAAGACCCCCGCAGAAGAAAAAAGAAGGAGGGUAGAAAAAAGAAAGUAGAAGUUUGUUCUGAUGAAGAAAUUGACAAUGCAGUUUUGACAAGUGGACCAACAAAGGAAACACAUUCUAUUCUUGAGAAUUUUAGCAGUAUUUGUAAGAAAAUAAUUGAGAGCAAUAAUGAUCAAGAGGAAGAAGAAGAAGACAACUGCUUCAAUAGUAAAGAAGCUGAAGUGCUAAAGAAGAGUAAUCUUGCUACUAAGAUUGGGAAGGAAACUCCAUAUGUUUUGACAAGAAAAUCUCAGAAAACACCAACCACUCCUGGAAAUAUUAGAAAGUUGUACAGAUCUUUGGAUAUCUCAGUUAUACAAACUCCAAAGACUCCUGCUUCUGUCUACAGUGACAUGGAUCAAAUCCCUCUAGAUUUAUCAGGAAUAUUUUCUUCUCAGAAGUCAUUUUUGAUGGAUUCUGGAGAUGAAAAGGAAGAAGAAUUGAAAAUAAACAAGGAAGUCAACAAAAAGGGUCAUAAAAAGAAAAAGGAUAAGAAGAAUGAAAUUGAGAAGCAUGAGGUAACAUAUAGCCCUUCUUCAGCUAUAAGUAAAAUAUUAUCCAGAAGUCUGGCAUCCUUGGACUUGGAUGAAAAGGAAGCAUCAGACACAGCAGAUGAGAAUCCAACAUUGUCUCAAGAGGAUUCUCAGGAAUUCCACAUAGAGGAGAUAAACAGGAACAAGAAGAAAAUACUAAAAUCAGGUGGAUUAAUUUCAGGUCCAUCGACUACUAUCAGGCCAUCAAAAUCAUCAUUGAAAAGAAAAUAUAGUGCUAUUAUGACCUCAGAUCUAGAAAGUUCACAGGAUGAUGAUGAUCUAGAUAAAGCCUACAUUCCGAGAAAGUUAUUCAGAGAGCAGAAAUAUAUGGUGGAAGAACAAAUGUAUUCAAGUGAAAUGGUAUCAGAUAGAAGUAGUGAGAUACUGUCAGAUGUAGAUCCUACAACAGAGGUCUCCACUUUACUCAAAGCUUUCGGCAUAGAUGUUCAGAGACAUAUUGGUGAAAAAAGACAUCAAUUGGAUUCGCUUACAAAGUCUGUUUUGAAGUCAACACAAAAACAAAUGAAUACAGUUUGGACAAUGCAGCAAAGGAAAAGGUCAUCCAUUUUGAAUAAAUAUCAGGGUAACAUGAUGAAGGAGCUUGUGGCACUAGAAAAAGAUGUAACAGUCUUAAAGGAAGCCGAGGACAAUGCCUUGACGUUGUUCAAACAACAAAUGAAACAUCUUCAACAGUUUAGAACAGAACAAGAGAAAAGAUUGUCCAAUCUAUGUGAGGCACAACAAGAUCUUGAAGAUGAAAUGAAGGAAGUAGAGAAUCAGUCAACACAUCAACAUGUGAUGGUAAAAUCAAAAUUAAGAGAAGACCUAUCUUCAUUGCAGAAGAAGCUUUUGUUAGAAUCGCAAAAAGAAGAAUUGUAUCAUAUGAAGAGAAAUUUACAGACAAUAUUCUGUUGAUGACAGUAAUCAUGGAUAUUUACUUUCACAAUUAACCUAAUGAAUAUUCUCCCAUGAAUAGAUGAAUAUUUCUCUGUAAAAAUUGAAGAUAUUUCAUAGAAAUGUUGUAACAGUAUUUCAGAUUAUGCUUUAAAUAUGUUUGUAAGGUUCAUCUGUAAAUACUAGUAAAAUUAAGAAUUAAAAGAUUUUUAAGCAUUUUAGAAUUCACAAUGUGAUGAAUAAUAUGUAAUAAUAAUUUUUUUUACAUUUGUUCUAAGUUUAACACAGAUACUUUUUUCUGGUCAUAUAAGUAGUAAUAAAAGUAAAUGCAAGCCAUAAUUAGACACCCUUUAUUUGUAUAGAUAAUGUAUGGCCAUGACUAUAAUCUUAAAAAAAUGUAUCCUUUUGAUUUGUAAGACUUGCAUCCCUUUUGUAACAUUGAAAAUCUUGCUUGCUAAUUUUAAUAUGCAAUGUGUAUAGAAUGAAGCAAACCCCAGCUUUGCAUUUAGAUUGUCAGUGUUCUAAGUGUUAAUUUUUAGCUUUCUGCAUUGAUAGUGAGAAAACCAAAAUGAAAUAUCUGAAAUAAAAAAAAAUUUAGUUGUGUAAACUGAUGAAAAAAUGUAUAUGACUGUUUUUUUGUUCAUGUGAUGAAGAUUUUUAGAACCAAAGAAAGGUUUAAUGCUGUUGAUUAUUAUUCUCCAAGUUUUAUUUACUGCAAAUUCAGAAAUUAUUGCAAUGUUUUUAUUAUUGUGAAAAAAUUUGACAGGGUUGUAAUUGCAAUAAAUCAAACUCUCCUUUAAAACAAAUUAUAUGAUUUAAACAGGGUUUUCUGUAUAUCGCAAAAAUUAAAAUCAGAUUAAAGUCGAAAACGACAAAAUUGUAAUGAUGAAUGCAUGCAAUAAUUUCUGAAUUAACAGUAUAUUUGUUAUGUUUCUGAAAACUAUGUUGAAUAAUAAAUUGUUGAAUUCAGUUUAA